AUGUCCCUACUUUACCGCCACUUUUGUACAUAAUUCUCGCAAUUCCUUGCUUAAACCCCUUCGCAUACUUUCUCAAAAAUUGGAAAAUAACCCUUCGCAUUGCGUAAAGAAAUGAAGAAAUUCAAUUGAAGACCCAUUAAUGGGAGGAGGAUUAAUGGAAAGUGGAAUGGUCCCAACCGUGCCAGCAAAGAAGUCAUUGCUUACUCCCAAAGCAAUUAUACACCAAAAGUUUGGCGAUAAGGCCUGCUAUAAGGUUGAGGAAGUACAAGAGGAAACUAAAACUGGAUGUCUGGGGUUAGCAAUUCCCCAGAAGGGUCCCUGCCUUUAUCGAUGUACCCUGCAACUUCCAGAACUUGUUGUUAUCUCUGAUACAUUUAAAAAGAAAAAGGAUGCAGAACAGUCGGCCGCGGAAAAGGCUUUAGAAAAGCUGUGUAUCCAUCAAAAAGAGUACAAUCCCACUGUACAGGAAGCUUGGGAUGAUUUGGGUGGUCGUCUCUUUGAUUUGUUUGCAACUGAGUUCCUUUCAUCUCAUCAUCCGCUUAGUGGCCACUUCAGAGCUGCAUUGCAAAGAGAGGGUCGCCUCUGUGGUUCUGUUCCAAUUUCUGUGAUUGCUACCUAUGAUGCAAAGAUUAGUACUAUCUGUAAAUACAUAAAUUCAGAGGCUGAAUCAAAUUUUCUGAUAGUGCUGUCACUGGUUCUGAGGGCAGCUUCAAAGCUAGAUAAUUUAGUGACUUCUGUUGAUGAGCAACUUUCACUGCAGAGGAGAAAUCCACUACUUCCUGAGAUAAUACACGCUUUGGUAGAUCGGGAAUCUAGAUUGUCAGAAAGCUUGUCUAUAGAAGUGAUACGAAUCCCAUCUUCAGUAGAGAAAACUGUUGAACCCUUGGUUCUUACCAUUUCUUCAAACGGUUAUUAUGUGGAUGUUAUUGCACAAGAACUUGGAGUGAAUGAGGCUUCUAAGGUCUUCAUUUCCGGGACCAUUGGCAAAGCUUCCUCGGACAUGAGAUUAUAUUAUAAUGCUCCGGAGUGCCUUCUGAUGGACCAGUUGUCUGAGCCUCAUGUGAACCUGGCGAGUCAUGACAAAGGAUCUUUAAAUGCGAGGGCAAGUUAUUUAUCUGGGCAAGAAGUGUUUGGUGAUGCAAUUUUGGCUGCUGUAGGGUAUUCAUGGAAGUCUAGUGAUCUUUUCCAUGAGGAUGUUUCCUUGCGUACAUAUUAUAGGUUACUUGUCCAUAUGAUGCCUAGUGGGGUAUACAAAUUGUCAAGAGAAGCAAUUCUUGCUGCAGAAUUGCCCAUGGCAUUUACAACGAGAAGCAACUGGAAGGGUUCCUUUCCAAGAGAAAUACUUUGUACAUUCUGCCGUGUUCACCGUUUAUCUGAACCUUUGUUUGAGUCAUCAAUUGAUUUAUCUGGAUCUUGUAAGAAGUCGAAGGUUCAGUCAGUUAAAAAAGAUACAAAUGGAGCUCCAGUCACUAGUAGUUGCGGGAAAUCAACAGGAACCAUUGGAGAUUUUAAAUGUGAAAUAAAGAUAUUCUCCAAACGUCAGGAAUUGAUUUUGCAGUAUAAACCAAAAGAAUCUUAUAAGAAGCAAACUGAUGCCAUGCAGAGUUCUGCUUUGAAAGUUCUUUUAUGGUUGAACACGUUUUUUGAAAACCCAGAUAUGACCACAGAGACAUUGAGCUCUUCAGCAGAGAAACUUGGAAUUCAGUUUUCUCCUGAUAUCUUUUCCAAGAAGUUCAUGUUUUGUCAGUCUGUUCAUAAAUUUGGUAGCACUAGGCAUCAAUCCAGCAAGCCAAUAAAUUAUAGUUGCAUCAAUCAACCAAAUAAUAUAGUGAGUGAUAAAGCAUGUUCUAUAUGCGGUGAUAACUCCGAAAUUACUCCAUCGAACGGUUCUUUAGCCUGUGUAAGUUAUAGCAUUUCUUUGGUUACAGAAGGAGAAUUUUUAAAAGAACAUAUUGAAAGUAGUGAAGCGUUUGAGUUUGAAAUAGGAAGUGAAGCUGCCAUAUCUCGUCUUGAAGCAGUUGUGACACAGAUGUCAGUUGGUCAGUCAUCAUUUUUUAAUAUGGAGUUGCCUCCCCAAGAAUUUAUUUUAGCAGCGGCUGGUGAUUCUGCUGCUACUCAGUCAUUAUUGUCUUCGAGAAGGUGUAUUUUGGAGUAUGCUGUAACUCUAUUGCAGGUGACAGAACCCUUAGAAGAGAGGAUGGAGCAAGCUUUGUUCAGCCCAUCUCUGUCAAAGCAGCGUGUUGAGUUUGCUGUACAACAUAUCAGAGAAUCUCGCGCUGCCUCUUUGGUUGAUUUUGGUUGUGGCUCUGGAAGUUUACUCGAUUCUUUAUUAGACUAUUCAACUUCUCUGGAAAAGAUUGCUGGUGUUGAUAUUUCAGGAAAAGGUCUUGCACGAGCGGCAAAGACACUUCACCCAAAACUGAACAGAAAUUCUUCUGCUGAGGUACCAAGUAAUGAAACCAGAUCUGUGCUGCUAUACAAGGGAUCCGUCACAAAUUUUGAUUCUCGGUUGUAUGGAUUUGAUAUCGGAACUUGCUUGGAGGUCAUCGAACAUAUGGAGGAAGAAGACGCAAGUUUAUUUGGUGAAGUCGUGCUCAAGUCUUUUUGUCCAAGGAUUCUUAUUGUCUCCACCCCGAAUUAUGAAUACAACUCGAUUCUGCAGAAAUCAACUUCCUCAGGCCAGGAGGAUGAUCCAGAUGAAAAGAACAAACCUAAAUUCCGCAACCACGACCACAAAUUUGAAUGGACCAGGGCACAGUUCAAUCAUUGGGCGUCCGACCUUGCUGAAAGACAUAACUACGAUGUUGAAUUCAGCGGAGUUGGCGGAAAAGCUGAUGUGGAACCUGGAUUUGCUUCCCAAAUUGCAAUCUUUAGAAGAAGAGAUUCUAGUUUGAAGAAUGUCGAGUUAGAACACCAUUACGAGUCUAUUUGGGAGUGGAGUAGCGAUAACAUGUAAUGUCUGCCAUAUUGAAAACCUUAGUGCUCGCUACUGCAUUCCGAUGAUGUAUUAGAGAUUUUUGUUUUGAAGUAAAAAUAUGGGGCUGAGUCAAGUUUAAAUGUUA